AUGUCUGAUUUCUUCUGGAACAUCAGAGGCUUCAAUAAAAAAACUAAACACCCUGUUGUUCGAGAUUGGAUCAGAAGAGGAUUGUUCCAGUUUGGUUGUAUACUGGAGACGAGAGUUAAAGAAGCGAAGGCAAGCCGUAUUGUGGAGUCUGUUUUUGGAGAUUGGUCUUUCCUAUCAAACUAUGAAAAUAAUAGGCUGGGGAGGAUUUGGAUUGUGUGGAGUCCGAAGGUUCGUGUGACUCCGUGUUUUAAGAGUAGCCAAGUUAUCACUUGCGCUAUCUUAUUGGAUGGGAUGACUGAAGAAAUAUUUUGUUCGUUUGUUUACGCUGCUAACACUGUGGAACAGAGGAGGGAGUUGUGGCAAGAUCUGAAAGACCAUCAGGACUCGCCCAUGAUUAAAAACAAGCCGUGGUUGAUAUUUGGAGACUUUAAUGAGAUACUUGAGGAUGAUGAGCACUCGGGUAAUGAAGAAAUGAGCUAUACUGGACUGAGAGAAUUUCAACAUGUAGCCAACUAUUGUUCGCUAAUGGACAUGUCUUACCAAGGGCCUAAGCUUACUUGGAGCAACAAGAGAGACAACGACUUGAUCUGCAAGAAACUAGAUCGCACUUUGAUGAAUGACUCAUGGAUACAGAGUUUUCCUCAAGCAUACUGUGUCUUUGAGGCGGGAGGAUGUUCUGAUCACUUGCGAUGUCGGAUCGUGAUUAAGGAAGGGAUGGCUAAGAUUCGAAAACCAUUUAAGUUUAUAAAUGCAGCAGUAGAGUUUCCGGAGUUCUUGCCUCUGAUUCAAGAGUUUUGGGCCUCAACAGAACCUCUCUUCAACUCAACCUCUGCUAUGCACCGUUUGGAUAAGAAGCUAAAACUCUUGAAACCGCUUCUGCGAAAACUGAGCAAGGAUCAUAUUGGUGAUAUUGUGAAGAAAACAAAAGAAGCAUGGGGAAUUCUCUGUGACCGCCAGAACACCACGAUGCUAAACCCAACUCAAGAAAAUAUGAGAGAGGAAUCAAUAGCUUAUGACCGCUGGAACUUUCUUUCUAUAUUAGAGGAAAAGAUUCUAAGUCAAAAGGCAAAAGUUCAUUGGCUGGGAAUUGGAGAUGGGAAUAAUAAGCACUUCCAUAGAGCUGCUAAGGUGAGGGAGGUUCGAAAUGCGAUAAGGGAGAUCCAUAGAGAAGAUGGUACAAUAGCUGUAACUCAGGAGGAGAUCAAGGAGGAAGCUGUGAGACACUUCUCACGUUUCUUAUCUCACAAACCGGAGGACUUUGUUGGAAUAGCAGAGAAUGAGCUUAAACAGCUACUGGAUUUUGAAUGUGACGAAAACGACAUGAGGCUGUUGGACAAGGAAGUGUCAGCGGAGGAGAUCUAG